AUGUUUGACUGGGAACAAGAUUUAAUUCAACAUCAAGAAAUACAUGAUGGAAUUUAUGGAAGAUAUAUAGAUGAUAUAUUUAUGACAACAAAUCAAACCACCGAAGAAAUCAAUGUUAAACUUGAAGAAGCGGAAAACAAAGAUAUCAAUAUAAAAAUUCAAUCUACUAUAAGUACAUCUGUUCAUUUUCUUGAUUUCACUAUCACAAAUGAAAAUGGACAAUUAAGAACUUCUAUUUAUCAUAAACCAACCACUGAACCUUACAUUUUACCAUAUACAUCUGAUCAUCCACAUCAUAUUCAUCGAAAUAUUCCAUAUGAAGCAUUACUACGUUCUGCCCGAAUCUGUUCAAAUGUCGAUGAUUUCAACUCAGAACGUAUUCGAAUUGACAUGUCAUUACUGUUGAACAAAUAUCCAUCAAACUUUAUAUCCAAACGAUUCAACCGAUUCUUUCGUUUAAGCAAUGCAAUGCCUGUAUUAAUUGAACUGGACGAAAAUGUUUACCAUCAUUUACAUCAUACUUUGUUACAUCAACCUACACGUCGUGAGAAGAAACUUAACACCAUGAUACAAAAUCCAAUUGAAAAACCAUUGAUAUUGCAACCAAAAAUAUGGAACCAAGAAUUGAUGUAUCCACGCUAUAUAUUUGAUACUAAUUUUACCAGCAACUUUCCAAAACAAUUUUACAAAUGGUGGAAAACCUAUUACGCAUUUCCUGGCUCACCGCUUCAAACCAUAAAAGUAACCAUGGUGACCAACACUAAUCGUACUUUGGAAAGUUUCUUCAUUCAAAAGAAACCUCCCCGAGACAUUUUAACGAAAAUGGAAGGAGCAUGA